AUGGUCAGAAUUGCUAUCAACGGUUUCGGUAGAAUCGGUAGAUUGGUUCUAAGAGUGGCUUUGUCCAGAAAGAACGUCGAGGUUGUCGCUGUCAACGACCCUUUCAUCUCCACUGAGUAUGCUGCUUACAUGUUCAAGUACGACUCUACCCACGGUAGAUUCGGCGGUGAGGUUACUCACGACGACUCCCACAUCAUCAUCGAUGGCCACAAGAUCGCUGUGUUCCAGGAGAGAGACCCAGCCGCUUUGCCAUGGGGUAAGCUAAACAUCGACAUUGCCGUCGACUCCACCGGUGUCUUCAAGGAGUUGGACACCUGUCAAAAGCACAUCGACGCUGGUGCCAAGAAGGUUGUCAUCACUGCUCCUUCUUCCACCGCUCCAAUGUUCGUGAUGGGUGUCAACGCCGACAAAUACACCCCAGACUUGAAGAUCGUCUCGAACGCUUCCUGUACCACCAACUGUUUGGCUCCAUUGGCCAAGGUCAUCAACGACGCUUUCGGCAUCAAGGAGGGUUUGAUGACCACCGUCCACUCUUUGACCGCCACCCAGAAGACCGUCGACGGUCCAUCCCACAAGGACUGGAGAGGUGGUAGAACCGCCUCCGGUAACAUCAUCCCAUCCUCCACCGGUGCCGCCAAGGCCGUCGGUAAGGUGUUGCCAGAGUUGCAAGGUAAGUUGACCGGUAUGGCUUUCAGAGUCCCAACCGUCGACGUCUCUGUUGUCGACUUGACCGUCAACUUGAACAAGGAGACCACCUACGACGAGAUCAAGAAGGUCAUCAAGGCUGCUUCCGAGGGUCCUUUGAACGGUAUCUUGGGCUACACCGAGGAGGCUGUUGUCUCUUCCGACUUCUUGGGUGACUCCCACUCUUCCAUCUUCGAUGCCGCCGCCGGUAUCCAAUUGACCCCAACCUUUGUCAAGUUGGUUUCCUGGUACGACAACGAAUACGGUUACUCUACCAGAGUUGUCGACUUGGUUGAACACGUUGCCAGUGCUUAA